UGCGUUUCUGCAAGACUAAUUCGUGCCAUUUUAUAUUCCUUAAUCAUCAGAUAUGGCACGUUUCCUCAAGAGCUGGUUUUCCAAAGGAGAAGAAAAUGGCGAUGAUGGAUUCACCUCUGCUCACCUGGGUGAAGAAAAUAACUUUUACUACAAUGAAGAGCUGAAGCAAUGGGUAGUCAGAGGGGAGGAGGACAAGGUGAAGAAAGCUGCAAGUGCCUCUCCACCUCCCUCUGGAAGGAGUCUGUUAACGGACUCGUCCAUACCAUCAAUCACUUCGCAAUCCUCAAUCUCUGUAGGUUCGGCACACCAAUCGGCCUUUGGUCCGGGAAGACGUGUGCUAAGGUCUGCAAACCUAUACACAGAGAUACCGGGCAUGCAAAUUGUCGAAACGAAAACCACGAAUGAAUCGUUUCUCAAUCUGCCAUUCUCUUCAUCCGCAUCGCAAUUCAUACCCUCAAAUGACAAUGUGGAUCAGUCCAUUGUAGAUGAUGUAUACGCAGACAUUGUAAGCUCAGCAUCUGUAAAUGAAGCCUCCACCGAUGUUACUGAAUCUACUCGUCUAAACACAUCCAUAGACACGCUGGAAUCGAGUCCAAGUGUACAAUAGUGUUUUAAGUUGUAACGUUGU